GUUUGUAUAGGAAGUAUUGGAAUGACCUGACAGGCUGACACACUUCUCAUUUAGUCGUCUCACUCGUGACAGAAUGCGUAAUCCUGCGUGAUUUAGGUCAAACCACAGAUUGUGAUUCACAGCGUCUAAAUACAUGGAGUUUAUCAACAAUGAAGGAAAGGAGCGCAACGGAACCUCUAAAGUUGCCGUCGAUCUACCACGAUUCAGCUACUAGUGUUGAACUUUGAAAAGCAAUGCUGAAGCAGAAUCAGCCCAAAUGCGUGCUCUUCUCUUAGUGUUGUUUUGCACCGUUGCUCUGCAAUGGGAUCAUGUCAGCUGCCAGAAGGUACACCGAACCGCAAUGGAGACGAGUGUGAUGUGGUGAUGAACCUGUCUGCCAGUCAGAGAUGUGAGUUUGUGAAAAAUACACCGGACUGUGCUUCAGAUGAAGGGUUCAUCAAAUACCCUGUGGUCACCUUUUGCCUGUUCCCACCUAAUCUGCUGCCCCUAGCCAUCACACUCUAUGUCCUCUGGCUGUUUGUUCUGUUCCUUGUUCUUGGGCUGAUUGCAUCAGACUUUUUCUGCCCAAACCUCUCAGCCAUUUCUUCUACACUUAGACUGACUCAUAAUGUGGCUGGAGUAACAUUCCUGGCACUUGGAAAUGGGGCUCCAGAUGUGUUCAGUGCCAUGGCUGCUUUUUCUCACCCUCAGACUGCUGGUCUUGCCAUUGGAGCACUGUUUGGGGCGGGAAUCUUUGUUACAACAGUGGUAGCUGGAAGCAUUGCUCUGGUUAAGCCUUUCACUGUGGCGUCCCGUCCAUUCCUUCGGGAUGUCAUUUUCUACAUGGCAGCUGUGUUUUGGACCUUCAUUAUCCUAUAUAAAGGCCAUAUUUCCAUGGGAGAAGCCAUGGGUUAUCUGGGGCUGUAUAUUGCAUAUGUUUUGACUGUGAUUGUUAGUGCAUAUAUUUACAAUCGUCAGAAGCAUCAACUGAAUGGAUCGGCCCAGACCUCAGGCAGAGAACAGGGAGAGAUUCUCCCAUCUGAUUCAUAUAGAGAAAUUCAGAGUGCCAGCAUGCAAGCACACGAUGACGGAGAGUAUGAGCCUUUGCUGCCUUACACUCAAUCCACUGCUCAGGUCUUCCUGAAUGCCAUUAACCCGGUGGACAGCCGGACCUGGAGGAGACAGCACUGGAGUGCCAAAGUCCUCAAAGUGAUCAAGGUGCCUGUAGAAGUGCUGUUAUUGUUGACAGUUCCUGUGGUGGAUGCAGAUAAGGAAGAUCACAACUGGAAACGCCCUCUGAACUGUCUGCACAUAAUCACUGGGCCUCUGGUGUGUGUACUUUCCUUCCAGUCGGGAAAGUAUGGCUUACUGCUCAUUGAAGGAGAAGUUCCAGUGUGGGUGCUUAUACUCUGCAUUGGCGUCUUCCUCUCGGGCAUAGUCUUCUUCACUACCACAAAUGAGCGUCCUCCUAGAUAUCACUUUGUAUGAAUCUUCAGUGUUUUAAAGAAG